GAGUUUCAGUUUAAUAACAAUUAGUUUAAAGUCAGUUUGUUUUUGAUCUUGUAAAGCUCAUGUUGUUACUAAACCUUUAAUAAUUUUCAAUAACAUUUUUGUAGCGGCAUGUGACAAAAAAAUCUUACAAUUAAAUUUUUUACAGAAAUCUAAAAAGAAAAAAUUAUGUUUUCUAUUUUGUAAUGAGUGAACAUAGUAUUUUUUUUCACGAUUUAUAACCCAUUUGACUGGCCUCUAUAGUUUCUUCUGCUGAUGAAUAGCAGAAAAGAGAAGAGAGAAGAGAGAAGAGAGAAGAGAAGAAAACGUAUAGCUACAGCUUCAUUGCUGCGAGCUCGGAACAAUGAAAUUUAGGGUUUCGCACAGAGUUCCAGUCUUCCCUAACUCUACUCACCUCAGUUCCCUCCAUGAUAACCAGCGUCGUCAUUUCUCUUCGUUUAUUAGAAAGCUCCGAGGUCAAGCAGUUGCUCAAGCCCAAGCUUCUUUUAAUGGCGGAAGUGGCAGUUCUAAAGGUGACUCUUUUUUGGUGCCUGGUGCAACUGUGGCUACCUUACUUAUGCUUGGUGCUCUUCAUGCCCGUCGAAUGUAUGACGACAAGAAGGUUGAGGAGGAACGGGGAAAAGGGAUUGAAUCUGAGUUCCAACCUGAUUUAAAGGCUACUUUUCUAAGAUUUCUACCUCUGCGCUCCAUGUCUAGAUGUUGGGGAUAUUUGACUAGUGUGGAAAUACCUGUUUGGCUACGCCCAUACAUUUAUAGAGCUUGGGCACGGGCUUUUCACUCAAACUUAGAAGAAGCAGCUUCGCCUCUGGAUGAAUAUGCUUCCUUACGAGAUUUCUUUAUUCGCACACUCAAAGAAGGUUGCAGGCCUAUUGACUCUGAUCCACAUUGUCUGGUUAGUCCUGUUGAUGGUACUAUCUUAAGGUUUGGAGAGUUAAAAGGACCCGGGGCUAUGAUUGAGCAAGUCAAAGGGUUUUCUUAUUCCGUUUCCUCUCUUCUUGGUGCAAGCUCAUUCCUUCCUAUGGUUGCCGAAGGGCAAAUGGAGGAAGAUGAAGAGGAACCAGAAAAAACUUCUGUUAGUAAGAGUAAGAAGUCAUGGUGGAGAAUUUCAUUGGCUUCUCCCAAAGUCUGGGACCCUGUGCUAUCACGUCCGAUGAGAGGUCUUUUUUACUGUGUAAUAUACUUGAAGCCUGGAGACUAUCAUAGGAUACACUCCCCAGUUGAUUGGAAAAUUCUUAUUCGCCGACAUUUUUCAGGCAAUUUAUUUCCUGUUAAUGAACGUGCCACAAGAACAAUCAGAAACCUUUAUGUUGAGAAUGAAAGGGUUGUGCUUGAAGGUCUAUGGCAGGAAGGGUUUAUGGCAAUUGCUGCUGUAGGUGCGACAAAUAUUGGAUCAAUUGAGCUUGUAAUAGAACCAAAAUUCCGGACAAACCUGCAAAGAAAAAGAUUAGCACAUUCAGAGCCUCCAGAAGAACGGCUAUAUGACCCUGAAGGUGUUGGUAUAAUGCUCAGAAAAGGGGAUGAGGUAGGUGCUUUUAACAUGGGAUCAACAGUGGUGAUGGUGUUCCAGGCUCCAGUUAAGAAGACUGUUGAUUCUUUAUCUGAAUUUAAGUUCUCUGUCAAACGCGGAGAUAAAAUUCGUGUUGGAGAAGCCUUGGGUGGGUGGCAGGAACAAUAGCUACAAGCCAGAAAAACAUAAGGAAAAUGCAUGCAGUUUUUUUUUUUUUUUUUUGCAUCAUAUAUGACACUUUUUGAGAAAAGCAAAUUCAUUAAACCAUGUUUUUCAUUAUAGCACAAAUCAAUCUCACUUCUCAUAUAUUAUUCAUCAGAGUAGAUGGUACGUUCAUUAAUUGAUUUGCUUGCUGCAAAUUGUAUCAAUUUUGUUCCAAGUUCCAAGUUUUAUUGAUGAUUGUCCAUCAUAAAGAAUGACCUGUGCAUUUCCACUAGUUUGUACUUGUAGUACAAAGUAGAAAGUUACUCAAUCUUAUUUAUUAAUACUCGUGCUAAGUUUCGUUAGUAUGCUUAUUGAGAUUAAUAAGGAAAGGAAUCAUUGAUGCUCUUAAAUUCUCAGUAUUUCCAUAAACUCCAACUUAAAGUGUAUAAAACCAAAGUUCUAAUUAUAAUAUUCAAUGCUGAAACAUCAAAAAGAUUCAACAUCCCAAAUUAUAUCGAGUUUAAUACAAUCAGCCAACAUUCGAGGACAGCAAAGUCCUUGUGUACAUUAACAGAGAAAACCCAAUAAUCUUCCCUCAAAAACAAAAACUCAUUUGUACGACAAGCGGCAACUAAGAUUUUGUGACUAGAACUCUCCUUCUUGCCCUCAAUAUGGGUCAUGUAGCCCUUUCUAAUCGGUUGGCAGCUUAUUAAAGCUUUCGGGCAGUCGGUUUUUGCAUACUGCUGACCCAUUGGAAAAAACCACGGCAGCUCAGGAGGUCGUCCGACAUUUUUCUUAUAACAAACUUCUUUAGCAUGAAAGCAACACAGAUAUGGCAGGCAUUGGGAUCGGCAUUAUGCCAGCCAGUGUCCAUCUUGUCUAUUAGUAUAUACUAGUAACAAAUUUAGAUAUUGAUCACUAAGCUCAUGGAGUCACUAAAUAUAAGUCCUACAUAACAGCAUUACACACUACAAAGUAUACUACGUUCAUGGGAUUGCUAAGCUUAUGCCAAUAGCUAAUUUUUGCAUAUUUAUACCAUUACAGAGUAUAUAGGGAAGCAAAUUCUAAAACAUAUCAAACAGCAAAAUUUUCAGACACCUCUAAAUUAACCACAUUCUUUCACUUUUGAUGAUAGAAAAAUUCUUUUAAAAGAACAGAGUUCAAUAUAGUUAACUGUAGGGUGUACGCAUACAUUGCAGUAGAAAUUAACCAAAAUGGAGAAGAAUCUAGAGAAAGGUAUACCCCUCCCCUAACAAAUGUAUGUACUGCAAAAUCAUUUCUAAAUUUAAUCAUAAUGAAUGAUCAAGAUAGUAAAGAAAACAAAUCAAGAUUGUCGUGAUCCAAAAAGUUACAAGGGAAAAAUAUAUUGACAAAAAUGAAUCCACAUAUAGGCCCCUAAAACACAAGCAUGUUAUUUCUGUAAAAGUGAAUUAAAUUCCUGAACAAACCCAUAUAGCACAAAUCGAUGUUCCAAUGCAAAUUUACAUUUUGAUUACUUCAGUAGAGAUCCCUCAAAGCUUUUGUGGUUUCCAUCUUCUCAAUUGCCUAAAAAAAACCCAGAAACUGAAUCCAAAUCUCUCUCUCAAUUCUCUAUAACUCUAUAUCAAAACUUUGCUCCUGUAAAAACCCACAAAAGAUAUCCCAAAAUUAGCUUCAUCCCACUUCUAAAAUCUCCCAUUAAAAUAAAAAAUUCUCCAAUCAAUUACCUAACUACAAUUUACCAAAGUGUUUUUCAUAAUAAUAGUAAUAAAAGCAAAGCACACCUACGUCUGUUUGGAGUAAGAGGAGGAAGAAGGGACACGCUUGUUACGAAACAUCAUAUAACCGACGGGUAAUACAACUCCGGCGAUCAUGAUCGCUGCUCCGAUGAUGUACCUGAGCGGACUCGGUGGCUCAACCUCUAUUAUCCCCAUGAGCUGCAAAGUCAAUGAUCAUUACAUUAAUCAUUCCAUUAGAUCUGGAUCCAAACAGCUCAACACAUACACCAUUAUACACAGGAAAAAGGAAAAUAAAAAAGAAAAGAGAGAGACUAGUGAAGGAAGGUGACCGUACGAUGGCGAAGGAGAAUCUGAGUGGGUUAAGAAUGUCUGGGGACGGUGAGGUUUGGGAGGGACGAAUGAGCUCUGCGAC